AUGGCUGGGUCCGAAAACCGUCGGCUUUUGGGGCCGGAAAGAAGCCGAAGAAGGACGCCGGAGGCCAAGGCGGAAACUCUAACAUCCAGGGAAGCUCAGAUAAGACAUCUAAGAAAUCGAAGAAAUCUAAAUCUAGCAAAGGCUGGGUCCGGAAACCGUCGGCCUUUGGAUCGAACCCUAAAAGGUCGAAUAAGCAUGCAGGCGUCCUCGGUAGCUUGGCCGCCGCCUCUGGUGCCACGGCCACCCACUCAUCCCACGCCGACGGGGGUGGCUCAGGGUGCUAAUGUAAAAAGAAAAAGGGCCUCUUCCUCGAAAGAAGAAAAAAACACGUAG